GCGCUCACGUCUGCUUCGCGUCAGCCCUGUGCCGGAAGUGACGUAUCGACGCUGAGGCGUUGUGUAUGCGGAAGUGAUGGACGCUGCUUGUGUUUGUGUUUCUGUAGGAGUCUGACGCGUCGGUGAAGCUGCGUGACGGGAUGUCAGGAUGCUGGAGUCCUAUGUUUCUCCUCUCUUGAUGAGUUAUGUGAACCGCUACAUUAAGAACCUGAAGCCGUCGGACCUGCAGCUGUCGUUAUGGGGAGGAGACGUGGUUCUGAGCAAACUGGACCUGAGACUGGACGUUCUGGAGCAGGAGCUCAAGCUGCCCUUCACCUUCCUGAGCGGCCACAUCCACGAGCUGCGCAUCCACGUGCCCUGGACCAAACUGAGCUCGGAGCCCGUGGUCAUCACCAUCAACACCAUGGAGUGCAUCCUCAAGCUCCGGGACGGGGUCACGGAUGAUAAUGAAAGCUGUACGUCCAGUUCGACCAAUCGCAGCACCUCUGAGAGCUCUAAGGCCGCGUCUAAACCUCGACGGGUGCAGCAGGCCCCCAGCGACCCUGACCUGCCCCCAGGGUACGUGCAGAGCCUGAUUCGGCGAGUGGUGAAUAACGUCAAUAUCGUGGUCAAUAAUCUGAUUCUGAAGUAUGUGGAAGAUGACAUCGUGCUGUCGGUCAACAUCACGUCUGCGGAGUGCUACACGGUGGACGAUCUGUGGGACCGAGCCUUCAUGGACAUCGUCGCUCCUGACCUGGUCCUGAGGAAGGUGAUCAAUUUCUCCGACUGCACCGUGUGUUUGGAUAAGCGUAAUGCCAGCGGGAAGAUUGAGUUUUAUCAGGACCCGCUGCUCUACAAAUGCUCCUUCAGAACUCGUCUUCAUUUCACCUACGACAACAUCAACGCCAAAAUCCCCGCCGUCUUUAAAGUGCACACGAUGGUGGAGAGUCUGAAGCUCUCUCUGACGGACCAGCAGCUGCCCAUGUUCAUCCGGCUGAUGGAGCUGGGUGUGGCGCUGUAUUACGGAGAGAUGGGCGUCCAUCGAGACGCAGAGAAGGAGGAGAGCGGCUCGCUUCGAGAGAGUGUCUCUGGUCUGAUGGACGCGUCCGAUCCGGCUCUGACAGGGCAGUACUUCCAGGGUGAGGAUGAAGAUCAAGGAUGGAUGUCGUGGGCCUGGUCCUUCGUCCCGGCCAUCGUGAGCACCGGAGAGGAGGAGGGCGAGGGCGAGCCUGGAGACACACCGGAGUCUGGAGCCGCUCGCCCCCUGCAGAGCUCACCCAGAGACCCCAUAGUGUCUGUCGGCUUCUACUGCACCAAAGCCUCCGUCACAUUUAAGCUGACCGAGAGCUGCUCUGAGAGCAGUUACUACAGUCCACAGAAGCUGAAGUCUCGUGAGGUCCUCAGUGUGGAGCAGGAGGGAAUCACGGUGGAGGCGCUGAUGAUGGGCGAGCCCUUCUUCGACUGUCAGGUUGGAGUCGUGGGCUGUCGUGCUGUGUGUCUGAAGGGCAUCAUGGGGGUUCGUGAUUUUGAAGAGAACAUGAACAGAAGAGAGGAGGAUGCCGUGUUCUUCCGCUGCGGCGACACGCUGAAUGUUAAGGGCAUGACAUAUCUGACCAACUCCCUCUUCGACUACCGCAGCCCAGAGAACAACGGAGUCCGAGCAGAAUUCAUACUGGAUGGAAACCUGCACAGGGAGACAUACACAGAGAACACGGGGCUGCAGCGCUAUGGUGCUUUCUACAUGGAUUACCUGUACACGAUGGAGAACAGCAGCAGAGUCUGCGUGGGGCAGCAGGAUUUUCCUGCGCUGCGUAAAGACGAGCCGCCGCUGGUGCAGGAGACGUCUGUGAAGAGGAUCGCGGUCGGACCGUUAGAUGUGCAGCUCCACAGCAGCGCUGUCCACCGCAUCCUGAAGAUGACCGCAUGCACACUGGACCACGAGUACCAGCCCUACUGCAGACCACAGCCAGAUGUCGUGGAGGAGUGUGUGUGUGUGCUGCCGGAGCAGGUGUCAGCGCUGGAGGAGUUUAUUCCCAUCCGUCAGACGAGUGUGACGCUGAUGAGAGCCACAGUCACUGUCCCUGCUGCAGAAUACAACCUCCUGCACCUCUUACUUCCUGUUAUACUGGGACACAAGGUCUCGUCUGCGCAGACGUCUGUCCCUCAGUUCCAGCUGCUGCGUCCUCUUCCUGCUCUUCAGCUGCAGUUUGAGCGCAUCACGUUCGAGCAUUCAGUGCCAAUGUAUGAACAGGAAGUGACCCGUGCCGCCAGCAGCCUGAACCAGCCCUCAGACACACUCCUGCACCACUGCUACACACACUGCUACCUGAAGGUCUUUGAGCUUCAGGCUGGUCUGACUGUAAUCGACUCAGAGGGGGUGUUUCAGACACUCAUUCCCAUAAUUCCUUCUUUCAGUACUGCUCUCUAUGGGAAGCAGCUCCGGUUGCCUGCAUACUGGGAGAGGAAGCCUUCAGUCCCGGUGUGUGAGUGUGUGUUCGAGCUCCCGCAGGUGUGUGUGCAGGCGACGCGUGCGCAGGUGCUGCUGCUGCAGAGCAUGUAUCGCAGCUGGACACAGAGUGUGGGAGGCGGAGCCUGCAGCAGCAUCAGCGACAGCCUCAUAAGCCACGCCUACAAAACUCCAGGUGUGAAGCCGGUGUGUAGCGCUCCUGUGCUGGAGGUGUGUGUUCAGCGUGUGGAGCUGAAGGUGUGUGUGCGGCCGGCGCUGCUGUGUGUUUCUGGGACUCUGGGAGCCGUGAAAGUGUGUGCAAGAACACCGGGUGUGUGUGAGGGGCAGAAGGAUCAGCUGGUUCCUCUGGUCCAGGGUCCGUCUGACACCACAGAUCUUCACACGAGCCGCUGGUUGAGCGGGAGCCGUAAGCCGGCGUCUCUCCUGUCUCCUGAUCUCCUGCAGAUCUCCCUCCAGCUCCCGCAGCAGGAGCACCUGCACAGCCCCGGUGCGGUGCUGUUGGUCAGUGUUCAGGGCAUCGCUGUCAAUGUGGAUCCGGUUCUGUCCUCCUGGCUGCUGUUCCACCCUCAGAGAACCAGCGGCAGCAGACAGACUCAACAGGUUUCCAUGGUGAUGAAGAAGAGGAGGGAGGAUGAAGCAUCUGUUGGCAGCACACCACUAACACACAAACAACCCAGUAAUCAAGCAUCAGACUACACCAGCAGUCCUGUGAAGACCAAGACUGUGACAGAGUCGAGACCUCUCUCUGUUCCAGUGAAGGUUUUUCCAUCAUCUGAAGAAUGUCACGUGAGUCCAGAGGAGCACAUGAAGAACCUGAUAACACACACCUGGAACGCUGUCAAACACCUCACGCUGCAGGUGGAUCUGCAGUCGUGCUGUGUGUUCAUGCCGGCCGACAGCCUCCCGUCUCCCAGCACGCUGGUAUGCGGUGACAUCCCGGGAACCGUGCGCAGCUGGUAUCACAGUCAGGCGUGUAUGCCGGGGACGCUGGUGCUCUGUCUGCCGCAGAUCAGCGUGUUGAGCGCAGGACACCGGCGCAUGGAGCCACUGCAGGACGUCCCCUUCACUGUGCCCAGACCCGUGCUGGAGGAGGGUGAUGCGUUCCCGUGGACAGUGUGUGUGAGUCGGCUGAGUGUGUACUCUCUCCUGGGACAGCAGCGGUCUCUUAGCGUGCUCGAGCCGGUGGGCUGCACCUCCACGCUGGUGCUCACUGCACCCAAACUGCAGCCCGACAGCAAAGACGCCUUCAUCAUGUGUCUGCAUGUGGACCUGCAGCCGGUGCAGCUGAAGUGCUCCAACCCUCAGGUCCAGCUGGUGUAUGGUUUGUGGUGUCGAUGGAGUCAGAUCUUUAGUGUGUUUGACCGGAUGCAGAGCAGAGGAGCUCAGAGAGCGUCAGCCGGAUUCCCAGAGUCCUCGGCGCCCCCCGCUGGACCCUUGUCACCUGUCCACAGCAGUGUGGGCACCAUCCCGCCGGACACCAGCACCUACAGCCCGUCAGCUGACCUGGGCUCUCCUACAGAGGGGGAUUCGGCGCACACAGAGGACCCAGCAGCCGGUGAGACCAUGACUCUGGAGCAGAAGACCUGCAGCAUCAGCAGCGCCAGCGGACGACUGAGCAUCUGGAUGCAGUGGAUGCUGCCUAAACUCACACUCCAGCUGUUCUCCUGCGAGCCCAGGAACAAGGAGCUGUGUGUGAUGGCAGAGAUGGAGGAUAUGAGCGCGUCUGUGGACGUUCAGGACGUUUAUACCAAGGUGAAGUGUAAAGUGGGCAGCUUCCACAUAGAUCACUACAGAAGCAGUGCUGAAGAGAGCCCGUGUGGUGGGGUCGUCCUCUCUUGCACUGAAAAGCUGAACAGACGCACGGUUCUGCUGCGGCCGCUCAGCAAGCAGGAGCCUUACAGCCAUUUCAGCUUCUUUCCACCUACGGCGGCGAAGGCUCUGGAGGUCUCGCACCAGCAGCACGGCUUCCUGUCGGUGACCUACACGCAGGCCGUGACGCGUAACGUGAGGCAUAAGCUGACGGCGCGUCAGGAGCGUGUGCCGGCGUCUCAGAGGCUGUGUGAGGACGGGGUGGACGGGUCACCACAGCACCUGCACGAGAUCCUGCUCACAGCACAACCCUUCGACCUGGUGCUGUCCUGCCCCCUGCUGGUGAUGGUGGCGCGUGUGUUCCAGGUGUCCCCCCCGCAGCAGCUGCGUCCUCCGAUCCGAGAGCGUGUGUCAGCCGGGCAGCCCAUGAGAGGACACUCGCUGUCGUCCAGCAGCCUGCCGCUCGUCUACCUCAACACCAGCGUGAUCCGGGUCUUCUGCCCCCUGGAGGACACGCAGAGCAGCACACAUUCACAGCUCAAGCACAGGAAGGAAGACACGGUUGUGCUGAAGAUUGGAUCAGUGAGCAUUGCUCCUCAGGCUGAUAAUCCACUGCCACGCUCCGUCCUGCGCAAAGACAUCUACCAGUGAGUGUGUGUGUGUGUGUGUGUGUGUGUGAGAGAGAGAGAAA